AGGAAUUAAAUGAGAAAGCAAAUUAUAUGGUGAUUGGUGAACUACGUAUCAUUUUCACUAUUUUAUAUAUAUUUCUUAAUCUCCGUUCCCGACCAUUCCCGACCCAAAUGGAGGAAGUGAGGGAGUAAUAUUUUAGAUAAGCAGGGAGCGGGGUUAGUAAUUAAAAAGGAAUCUGAGGGGUAGGAGGCAGGCAAAAAUGCAGCAGCAAAACACAAGUCUGAAAUUGGAAUCGGAGUUGGGGGAUGAGAAAUUACCUCUGAAAUUGAUCAAGUCGGAAGCAAUACCUCCGUGUCCGAGGCGAUCGGAAUCGAGCAUAGAUUGGCUACCUGAUUUCUCAGGUUACUCUUGGGUUGCUUAUGCCUCAUCUUCUCUUCUUGUGAUUUCUCACUUGCCAAUUAAUCGACCUGGACCUGCACCUGGGCCUAUUUUUCGCCAAGUAUUCGAGCUGGGUGGUGUUGUUUCGUCUGUGUGUUGGUCACCUGUUAUCCCUUCCGACGGACUACUUGCCGUUUCCUUGGAUUCUUCAAUUCGCCUUUUCUCAUUUACCGGAUCUUUUUCUUGGAGCCAGACUACAUCACUUAUUCAAUCUACUACCGUCCAGGCCAUUCAGUGGACUGCUUCAGGCGAUGGCAUCAUUUCUGUUGGAAUCCAAGUCGUACUAUGGAGAAGAAACAACAACUCCUCUACUUCCUGGGAAGUUGCCUGGAAGUUUACACCCGACCUGCCUCAGAACCUUGUUACUGCUACAUGGUCUGUUGAAGGAUAUUUUGCAACAGCACCACUGUGUAGUAGUCAUCAUGCUCAACCUUCAUCCUCACCAUUGAUUAACGCAAGUAAACUUGUCAUGGUAUAUCACAGUGACCCAAUAUCAAAAUUUGUAAAAGCCGACUUACCUCAUCCGCUGCCUGUUUUAAUGAUUCAGUGGAGACCGUUGCCUUUUACACAAGAGGCAGGAAAACAACAUCAACAGCGGAGGCUGAUUUUGUUAACAUGCUGCAUGGAUGGAACAGUAAGGUUAUGGAGUGAGAUUGAUGAUGCACGGGUCAGAAAAGUCAGCAAGGACAUUAAUGAUCAAAGAACAAGAAGAUUGUUGUUUUGUGUAUGUUCUGUCAUUGAGAUAAACCAGGCAAUGAAUGGAAUCCUAGGCUCUGAUAUACAUAUAAGAUGGGCCACAGAAUUGAAUGGUAUAUUUGAUACCAGUAAUGAAUCAGAUACUAGCCAGUGUCUCCCUUCAGACUAUUAUCAAUCUGAUGGGGUUGGUAAGUGUGAAUGGGUAGUUGGUUUUGGUCCUCAGAGGGUGGUGACUUUGUGGGCUAUACAUUGCCUGGAUGAUGUUGCUCCAAUGAGAUUUCCACGCGUGACUUUGUGGAAGAGACGUGAAUUGGACGGUCCUGAAGUGAGAUCAAGUAGUUUGUUACUUAGUAAGGUUGUGAUUUCGAGGAUUCAAGCCUUUGGUCCACCAACUUCAUGCAAUAUAGUCCAACUACUAUCUUGUAAUUCCUUGGCUUGGUUUCAGAUAAAUUUUCAAACAGUAAUUAGUUCCGAAGAACCUUCUAUUAGCUCCCAGACGGAGAACGUUUUGUCAUCUUGUGCUUACGGAAAGUUAAACAUGGAUGGUCAUUGUGGGAAAAUAUUACAAGUAGUGAUGCAUUCACAUAGAUAUGAACUCAAAUAUGGUGCUUCUUUGGAUAUGAAUGGGUUGUUGUUAUUGUGGUCAAUUUCUGAUAUUUCCAAUUGCAUUAUGGGUCUACCAACAUUAAACCCCACUUGGAAACUUUCAGGAAAGGUUGACCUUCAUGAAUGUAGCCCCAGUUAUACUACCCUGGGAUGGCUGCAGGCAGUAAUAGAUGAAGACCUAAUUCUUCUUGCAGCACAUUCUGGAGGUAUUGAUUUCUUUAUAGUCGAGUCCUCUAAAAAGGAAGAAGAGAACUUGUUUAGCCACAAAUUGUGCAGUAUCCCUUUUCCUAGUUGUAGUUGCACUGACGGCCCGACCAGCGUCCAUGCAGUUCCUUUGCCGUCAACAUGUGAUGAAAACUUUGAUUCUGGCACCACUAUACUGUUGGCAGUGUGGAAGAAUACCUUUAAGGCUUUGUCGUGGAAAAUCGGCAUCCAUCAUUGCGAAUUUUCUGGAAUUCAUGGAUGUACUUUUGACACCGGUAACAUAUCUGAAAACAAUGCUCGGAUAUUUGAGGGAAAUAUUUCUGGCAAGAGAUAUUGUAUUAUUGUCGAUCCUUGGUCAUCUAUAUUGCCAGAACCACACAAUCAAAGCCAGGUUACCACUUAUGAUGUGGUCUCUCGAACCACUACAGUUAUGUCUCAAAAACAAAAGGAGUAUUCUGCCAAUGAGCUACGUGGAAGCUAUGCCGCAUAUCACUUAGCCACUGGCUGUUCUGAUGGUAGAGUGAGAUUGUGGAGAAGCAAGUCCUCUAUUAGAGAUUCACACUGGGAGCUUGUUGGUGUGCUUGAUACACAUCAAAGUCCAAUCAUGGCAGCAUCUGCAACUGAAUGUGGCCGAAAGAUUGCAACUAUCACACCGACCUCUCAGUCCAAUUCUCUUACCACUCUUCAUAUAUGGGAAGCUGUCUACUUGUCAUUUGCAGGAAGAUUUAUACUAGAAGAUUCGGUUGUUCUUGAUGGAAAGGUUGUUGCUCUAAGUUGGUUGACGUUGGAUAACGGUCAGUUCUUACUUGGGGUUUGCUUGCAGAAUAAGUUUAUGGUAUAUGGUCAGAGGCUCUUUGGUGGUCAUAAUCUUCUUAAAUCAGAAAGAUCUUCAAACAGAAAGAUCUGGUUUUGUGUUGCAUCAAGUCAUACUCAUCCUGAGAUUCAAGAUUUUUCCUGGGGGCCUAAUGCCUCAGCUGUGGUUGUUCACAACGAAUACUUUAGUCUUUUCAGUCCAUGGUUGUUAUUGGUAUAUGACAAAUUACAUGCUAAUCGUCUUCCCAGAGGAAGCAAACAUGAUCCUCAAAAUUGCAUAGCUGCCGAUAAGUAUCUGCUUACUUCAGUUUCCACUGAUUCUACUUGUGAUCUUGAAGAAUCAACAGAAGAUAAACAGAAUCAUUACUGGCUAAGAUCUUCUUACAUGAGAAAUUUACCAAACGAAUUUUUGUCAAGCAUUUAUGCAGAAAACUAUGAUUCAAAUAUUAAAAUUGGUUUUGUAAACAUAUUAGAUGUAGCAGAAAAGUUCGGUGGAUCUCUACCUCUUUAUCACCCAGAGUCCAUCCUCGCGAACAUAUGUUCAGGAAACUGGAAGCGUGCACAAGUUGUUGUUCAAAACCUUGUUGAUUAUUGCACUUCUCAAAGUGUGUCUUCUCAAAUAUGUUGCCUUGAAAAAUCUGGCCAUAUCUUUCCACUGGUCCAAUUAUCAGAUUAUCUCAAUGGAAGUCUCUCAUCAAGCUCGAAGAAUAACGUAUUUCAGUGGAGAGGAGAUGCUGCCUCUAUUACACAAUCUUUGCAGCUUCAGCAUGACCUUACCCAUUCUGCGACUAGUUGGGAAUCUAACGUUUUCGAUGCUUCCUUGGUUUCUCCUUCUACAAAAUCCAACCUUGUUGGCUCUCCUGAACCUAUAGAUAGACUUUAUGACCUGGGAUUCCUAUCUAACAUUGAGAUGAUGCAAAUGCAUGCUGUUAUUGAUCUUCUACAAGAAGUUAGUAACUCUUCCUCCGCUUACAGAAGUCUAGAUAAAUAUGGCCGAAGGUUUUGGAUUGCAAUAAGAUUUCAGCAUCUAUAUUUUGUUCGAAGAUUUAGUAGAAUGCCAUCCAAAGGAGAGUUGGUUGUUAACUCAAGCAUGAUCGGAUGGGCUUUCCACUCUGAUUGCCAAGAAAAUUUGUUUGAUUCUCUUUUACCUAGUGAAUCUUCUUGGCAUGAAAUGAGGAAUAUAGGCGUUGGAUAUUGGUACACGAGUGCUACGCAGUUAAGAAUAAAGAUGGAAAAAUUGGCAAGGCAUCAGUAUCUGAAAUCUAAGGAUCCAAAGGCUUGUGCACUUCUUUACAUAGCACUAAAUAGGCUUCAAGUGUUGGCUGGCCUUUUCAAGAUCAGUAGGGAUGAGAAGGACAAGCCAUUGGUGGGAUUUCUCUCACGAAAUUUUAAGGAAGAUAAUAACAAGGCAGCUGCUUUGAAAAAUGCUUAUGUGUUAAUGGGGAAACAUCAACUAGAGCUUGCUGUUGCUUUUUUUAUACUCGGAGGUGAUACCGCUUCUGCAAUUAAUGUCUGUGCAAAAACUCUAGGUGAUGAGCAGCUUGCUCUAGUUAUAUCUCGUCUUGUAGAAGGCUCUGGUGGGCCAUUACAGUGUCAACUUAUAUCAAAGUUUCUGCUUCCAUCUGCACUUGAAAAGGGCGAUUACUGGUUGGCUAGCUUUCUGGAGUGGGCAUUAGGAAAUUAUUCUCAGGCUAUUGUACACGUUCUUGGUUCCCAAAUCAGUACUGUGGGUGAUCAGCCUGCAGUGUUUUCUGAUCAUAAUUCUUUUCUGGAUCCUAGCAUUGGUGAGUAUUGUUUAAUGCUGGCAACAAGCAAUAACAUGAAAAAUGCUUUAGGUGAGCGAAAUGCUGCAUAUCUUGGGAGGUGGGCAAUUUUGAUGACGGCUACUGCCUUGAGCAGAUGUGGCCUUCCUCUUGAAGGUUUGGAGCGUCUUUCAUCUUCUCACAGCAUAUCGGGUGGUUCUGAUCAAGGUAACAUAUCAGAGGGUGCAGAUUUUGAACUUCUGAAUGAAGUACUGAAGCCAUCCUUUGGUGAUUAUGCCUCAAACUGGAUAUUAGGCGACGUUGCACUUCAUAUUGAGUCGCAAACCAAAUCAGACAUGGCGAUGCACUACCUCAUUAAACUUGUAAAAGAACAUCCUAGCUGGGCAGGCACCAAUAUAGAACAUUCUGCAAUAUGCAUGCACAAGAAGACUGAUAUUCAGCAAUACCAGGUGUUACUUGAAAGUUUUGAAAACAAGUUACGGGAUUGGCUUGCCAAUUUGGAGCAGAAAUAUCUACUGGUUUCUCACCAUCUAAUUAAUAAGAUGGUAAAGUAUUUGUGCAAUAGUGGCUUAGCAUUUUUAGGAUGCCUUCUAUUGCUAAGUUAUACUCACACGGAUCAAUCAAAAGAAAUAACCAAUUCGUUUGGUGGAUUCUUCUUGCAUCCUAUUCUUUCCGAUAUGCUUUUCAAGGCUACUGAAGAUAUUGCCUACUUAUUCUCGAGAUAUGUUGUUUUAUGUAACAUAAGCAGCUCUAACUUGAUAUCAUGCUCCACGGAAGAUAGGACGCCGGCUAAAAAUGUGUUUAACAACCUAGGUGGUUGGCGAUUUUACAUGCAGGGUGUGAUGUGGUCAUUGUGGUGUCUGAGGUCUCUCUUAAAGCAGUUUUCUAGUUCUGCUGAUACUGAUUUUAUCAGGAAAACACUUUUAACUAUUGAUUUGUAUGAGUAUUAUGUGUAUUUUUCAUCUGCUAUGCUCAAGAGAAACCUACGAGCUCUUAUUCUUAUUGUAAAACCUCUUUUGAUGACAUGUAAAAAUGAUCAUGCUCAUUAUGAAUUCAGCUUGGAUGAUAUAAAUGAGGUCCUUCCUGAAAUUACAGAAUUGUUGUCCCACAAUCCCUUGAUUGAUGAGGCACGAGAUUCUGCUUCAUCAGUGCCACCUGAUCAUGAGGACAAGGAGCUUUCAGUGUUAAUAGAUGAAGAAUGGCACAUUCUCAGGGCUAUGCUGUAUAGACACAUGACUGCUUUCCUGAACAAUCAGCUGAAUUCAUCUCUUACAGUUGAGAACAGUCACGCGAAUUGCCUACCAUUCAAACUUUCUGUCUUUGUUUCUGAUUCUAGCAAGUGUGGGCCUGAUGACAGCAACACAACACCACAAAUUGUGGUUGUUUCUGCCGCAUUGAUCAAUUUACUCAAGAGCACCUCUGUACAUUUAUCUUCUAAUUGUGAAAGACAUCUUACCCUACGCCUGCUGAACAAAGUAGGGAAUGGGUUUAGUACAGCCACCCUUGAAUGGUUAGAAGAAUUCUCUUGGAUUCCUUCUGAAGACCACCAGAAGCAAUGUAGUCAUAACAUUGGCGAUUGGAACAUGAAGAACAGUGAAACUGAAUUAUCGGCUUACAAAAUAUUGUGGGGAAUGUGUGCUGGUCCAGAAUUCAGAUAUGUGGGUUCUGAACUAAAUAAUUCUAAGUGGAUAAGAUAUGUUAAACGGAAGCUCCCUAAAAGAUGGAUUAAAAUAUACAAGAGCACUGAGUUGGAGUGUGAAACUGAGGAAAUUUGCAAGCAAGAAGGUAAUUUAGGCAGUCCGCUCGCUAGCAACGGUGGUGGAUUGGGGUCCCCUCUUAAGGGUCCUUCUCCAGAUAAUAGUUUUUUCGUGGGGACUGGUGGAAGGGAUACAGCCAUAACCAAAAAACUUAUGCCCUUCGAGAGUCCUAAAGAAAUAUACAAGCGAAAUGGAGAACUGUUGGAGGCAUUAUGUGUCAGCUCUGUUAACCAGCAACAAGCUGCACUUGCUAGCAAUCGAAAGGGAAUAGUAUUCUUUAAUCGGGAAGAUGGAAUAGUUUCUAUGGAUAAGUCCUGUUAUAUCUGGUCAAAUGCUGACUGGCCACAUGAUGGAUGGGCUGGAUCUGAUUCUACCCCUGUUCCUACCUGUGUUUCUCCUGGGGUUGGGCUUGGUAGCAGAAAAGGUACACAUCUUGGUCUGGGUGGAGCAACUAUUGGUGCAGGUUCCCUGUCAAAACCAGGAAGAGACUUCUUAGGCGGUGGAGCUUAUGGAGUUCCAGGUUAUGCUGGUAUUGGUUCAUCUGGCCUCGGGUGGGAGAUUCAAGAGGACUUUGAGGAGUUUGUUGACCCGCCUGCUACUGUGGAUAAUAUUAGGACAAGAGCAUUCUCUUCUCACCCCUCCAGACCUUUAUUUCUGGUGGGUUCAAGCAAUACACACACAUACUUGUGGGAGUUUGGUAAGGAGAGAGCUACCGCCACGUACGGAGUGCUUCCUGCAGCAAAUGUUCCCCCUCCAUAUGCUCUUGCCUCAAUUUCAGCUGUGCGCUUUGAUCACUGUGGACAAAGAUUUGCAACUGCUGCUUUAGAUGGGACAGUGUGCACAUGGCAGCUUGAGGUGGGAGGAAGGAGCAAUAUCUGCCCCACUGAAUCUAUGCUUUGCUUUAAUAACUGUGCAUCGGAUAUCGCAUAUGUUACUGCUAGCGGAUCAAUCAUUGCUACUGCCGGCUAUAGCUCCAAUGCCAUUAAUGUGGUUAUAUGGGAUACUCUCGCUCCACCUACAACAUCUCGAGCUUCCAUUAUGUGCCAUGAAGGUGGGGCUCGAUCCCUUUCGGUGUUUAACAAUGACAUUGGAAGUGGUUCCAUUUCCCCUUAUAUUGUGACGGGUGGAAAAGCUGGGGAUGUUGGAGUUCAUGAUUUUCGAUACAUUGCUACCGGAAGGACCAAAAGAAAUAGGCAUUCUGAUAGCAAUGAGGAUUUUGUCAACGGGUCUUCCACAACCAUCAUGCGUAAUAAAAUUGGGGACCAGAAUUCCCAUGGGAUGUUAUGGUAUAUACCAAAGGCUCAUACAGGGAGUGUAACCAGAAUAUCUGCUGUACCGAAUACAAACUUUUUCUUGACUGGUAGCAAAGAUGGGGAUGUAAAGUUGUGGGAUGCUAAGAGAGCUAAAUUAGUAUAUCAUUGGCCAAAGUUGCAUGACAGGCACACAUUUCUUCAAGGUGGAGUUGUUCGGGUUGCUGUUACUGAUAUACAAGUUGUCUCCAACGGAUUUCUUACAUGUGGUGGAGAUAGUUCGGUAAAGUUUGUUCAGAUAAAAGAUAGUCUGGUAGAAUAGGGUAUGCCCAAGUAUUAUGUCUGUUGAGCUGGUGGCUAAUCUCACUUUUAUUUUGGACGGGUGAGAGGACUCUUCAAGUCUCACUACCAGAGUAUGCUCAGUACAGCAGUCAGUAUCAGAGUAUGCUGAUUGCAGCAGUGGUUUGCACAAUUGGUUUCACUGCUCCAACUCCUCCAUCCUUUACAACUUGAGAUUUAUUGUCAGCCCUUGAUAUUUAUUCAUUCUCUUUUUACAAUGUGAACAUAGAUAAUAUUAGGGGGUAUGCCUCUGUUCUUCUAUAAGCAUAUUAUUAUGCUUUUAUCCCUAAAGUCCAAACGGGGCCGGAGCUUCAGACAGGGAAUGCGCAAAAUCUAUUUCAAUGACUGUUCGGGGUCUGCAACUCUGCAUCACUAGUCUAAAGUCUUCCCUGCACAAAGUUCGCAUGGAGUUCAGUCUUUGUUUUUUCGUAGAAAUCCUGUGUAUUUACAUAUGUAUAUAAAUAAAGUUAUUUAUCCGCACAGCCUAUUAGCAAAAAGUUUUUUUUUUUUUUUUUUUUUUGAAAUUAGCAAAAAGUUGAUUGGUAAAUUGUUGCAGAGGGAUUUAAGACAAGGUGGUAGGAAAGUAGGAAUGGGUUUGGUUCGAGAGAUGGAAUGGAAAGGUGGUAGGAAUGGAUGGUGCGAUAGGGGGUUUAUGUAUUAUUUUUGGCAUUAUGUGUUCGGUUUGUGGUAUAUUAUGUAUUAGGUUGAAUGGUGAAUGAAUAUGUUUGAUUUAAAAUAUAUUUGAAUGAUUAAUUUAAAAUAUUAUUUUAAUUAAUAUUUUUACA